AUGCCAUCGCCAUCACCAUCACCAUUAUUAAACUCCACUUCCACAGCUGCUGCGUUUGCCAGACUUGCCUUGACUAACCAACAUCUUCAACAAUCACGAACAAAUGCCACUUCCGUGACCGCCAAAACUGCUCCGGCACCAGACUCACAAGCCACCAUCAAAACCACAUCACGCACCCCGCUUGUCAUUCCAACUGCUCAAGGAACCAAGUAUACUGCCACAUACGCCAACUAUGCCACUACUGAUUCCGGCAAGAUACUUUCAUAUUUCCACGACAUCCCCCUCGAUUUGAACCCAGAGACAAAAGAAGCCAAUUUCGUAUGUGAGAUUCCGCGUUGGUCAAAUGCUAAAUUUGAAAUUGCGACUAAAGUUCCAGGAAACCCCAUUAUCCAAGACACCAAAAAUGGUAAAGUACGAUUCGUGAAGAACUUGUUCCCCUAUCACGGAUACAUGCACAAUUAUGGCGCAUUCCCACAGACUUGGGAAGAUCCCUUUGUUCAACACCACAACUUGUAUGGCGAUAAUGAUCCAUUGGAUGUUUGUGAAAUUGGGUCGCGUGUGUUGACCACAGGCGCAGUGAAACGAGUCAAGAUUCUUGGGUCGUUGGCAUUGAUCGAUGAUGGAGAAAUGGACUGGAAGGUGAUUGUCAUUGAUACCGAGGAUGAAUUGGCGUCACAAGUGAAUGAUAUAGCUGAUGUGGCAAAGUUGUGUCCUGGGUUAUUGGAAGCUACUAGACAAUGGUUUAGAGAUUACAAAUUGGCUGAUGGGAAACCGGCCAAUGCAUUUGCGUUUGAUGGGCAGUUCAAGUCGGCGUCGGAGACGGUCACGGUUGUUGAGGAGUGUAAUUUGAGCUGGCGGAAUCUAGUUGCGGGGAAAGUUAAGCCUCCAAGUGGCAGCGGUGAUGGCAAGUUACCUAGUAUUUUGAAUACCAUUUUGGAGAAUUCACCCGGGUACGUUUCUGAUUUUGAAAUCAAAUUGACGAAAUCGGUAGAGCCGGAUGGAGAGAUCCCCGUUGAUACGCACAAGAAUUACUACUUCAAAACUAAUUAA